UCCGUCUUCUCUGUCUGUGUGUGUGUGUGUGUGAUUGUGAGCUCGGUGAUACACUGACAGCUGAACGAUACGAUGUAACAUUGACCUCCCCGAGAGCAGUCCGCGUGGAUUAUGUGUUGAUUUGAUGAGGACGCUCGCGAUCGUAACGCGCUGAUGUCUCUACACGAGCGUUUCGCACGGGACUGAUCUUCUCGCGGAUCGCAGAGCCCGUGUUUCAUCCCGUCGUCCGCGGCUGUUACGCCCAUCAUCUGCGGCGGGGCUCCGUCGAUCAGUGGCCGUUUGUUUAUCCGCACACAGCGGGACUCAUGGGGAACAGCACAUCAUGCUGCGUGUCGUCCAGCCCGAAGCUCCGGCGGAACGCGCACUCGAGGCUGGAGCCGUACCGGCCCGAACCGGAGCUGAGCCGAGAGGACACGGGCUGCAACCUGCAGCACAUCAGCGACAGAGAGAACAUAGACGAGCUCAACAUGGAGUACAAUCCUGCGGACCACCCGCGCGCCAGCACCAUCUUUCUCAGCAAGUCUCAAACAGACGUUUGUACUCUGCAUGUCCUUGUGUUUCAGCAACAUCCGUCUGGUCCAAUGAGACGCAAGUACAGCUCCUGUUCGACAAUCUUCCUGGACGACAGCACCGUCAGCCAACCCAACCUCAAAUACACCAUUAAAUGUGUUGCCCUCGCAAUAUACUACCACAUAAAGAACAGAAAUGUGGACGGGCGGAUGCUGUUAGACAUUUUUGAUGAAAAACUUCAUCCACUUUCAAAAUUGGAGAUGCCGUCAGACUAUGACAAGCACGACCCAGAACAGAAACAGAUCUACAAAUUUGUCCGUACACUCUUCAGUGCCGCCCAGCUCACGGCUGAGUGUGCCAUAGUUACUCUGGUGUAUCUGGAGAGAUUAUUAACAUAUGCAGAGAUUGACAUCUGUCCUGCUAACUGGAAGAGGAUUGUUUUGGGUGCCAUCCUGUUGGCGUCAAAAGUGUGGGAUGAUCAGGCCGUAUGGAAUGUUGACUACUGCCAGAUCCUCAAAGACAUCACCGUGGAAGACAUGAAUGAGUUGGAGCGACAGUUUCUGGAGCUGCUGCAGUUCAAUAUUAACGUUCCAUCAAGCGUGUAUGCCAAGUACUAUUUUGACUUGCGUUCACUUUCUGAGGCGAACAACCUCAGCUUUCCCCUGGAGCCUCUCAGCAGAGACAAGGCCCAGAAGCUUGAGGCGAUCUCCGGGCUUUGUGACGACAAAUAUAAAGACUUGAGAAAAGCAGCCAAGAAGCGCUCAGUGAGCGUAGAUAACCUGAAAGUGGUCAGAUGGUCGCCGGCCAUCAUAUCCUAAUAAUGGUGGACAUUGGGGACUUUCACGAGAGACUGAGAGAAAGAGACUGUCAGAAGAAGCGUUCUCUAAGAGGACAUAUGUGCUUAGUACCUCCACAAGACUCUUGAGCCAGAGUGUGUCAGAAGAGAGUUCUUGCUGGUCGUACGGCUGCUGUAUAUACAAGACACCCACACAAAGAUCACUUUCCAACCUGUGGCUUAGAGGAAAGAGAGAAGGACACUGCUACUGCAGUUCAGAAAAAUUGGAGGACACGAAUGAAAGGAUAUAAACGAGGGAGAAAGACACCCAAUGACUGGAACAGCAUUCCAACAGCUCUGUGUCUUACAUGUUUGCCAUUCUAGGUGAGGAAGUAUUCGUACUGUGUUUAUUGAUCUUGUAUGAUUAGAAAAAAUUCCACCUGGACGCUCAAGGAUGUGUUGUAUCAAGAUCAAGAGCCAAAAUCAACUAUAUUCCCUAGAUAUUCCUCCAUUCCUUAAAGUAUUUCUCUCCAAAUGGCUGUGAGCUGAUUAAACUAUAAAAUUACCACUGUUCUUACAAACUGUUAUUUAAUAGUUUAGCUCAUUAAGAUUUAUUUUCAAUUAAAAGACAUUCUUAAUGACGGUUUAUUGAUCUAAAAUUAAGUCUAACAAUGCAAAUGAAUGGGAAAAUAUACAAUUUGGACCUCUCUGUUUAGUCGGAUUAUGUUAUCGUGUAGUUUUUUUUGUUUUGUUUUUUUCCCCAAAAAUUUUUAAUACUCUAUAAAGGCAGUUUGCACCAUUUAGUCUUAUUACCUAAGAGUAAUGGAAGUUGACUUUGUAUUUCCAAAAGGAAUGUGGUGUGGAGGGUUUCCAUAUGAAGUCCCUGGGACUUUCCCUUUGAAACACAAGAUUCGAUAAGCCUUGAAAGAGUUAGUUUCAACUGAAAAUGUACAAUGCCGAAAUGGACUGAAAUUGGAAGUUUUAAUACUGAAAUCAGAGGUUUUUCUUCUGCAGAGCCAACAAUGACAUUCCAUCAUCAAUGACCAUGAAUGUGUAUAACCUCCAUAUUCUUGUCGCCUUUUUUUUUUUUUUAUAACCUCAACAAAUGCCAGAUAUACACAUGCUGUGUCACUCAUUUCCAAUUCUCAAAGCAAUACACUGUGCUCUAUUCCAUACAAUACCUGCUGGAAAAAUUGAAGCGAAUAUUUGAAAGGCUCCUAGCGAACAUUCAGAUGACAUUGAGUCCGAAUUUUUUUGUUGCAAUUGGUGUCUUGAAGUCAAAACCCAAAGGUGAGGCUCUUAGUGCCACUGUGAUACAGUGUUUUGCAUUGUUUUAUUUCUCAAUUACAAUGCAUCAAACCAGAGACUGAGUUGCCAUGGUGAGGAAGAGGAAUUCCUGCUGUAUCCACUGCCAUCACCUGCGGUGCCUGCAUUUAGUGGGAAAAUGGCCUUAGAUGUAGAACAGUGAUGGGCAAACUUGGCCCUUCCAGGCCACUUUCCUGCAGAGAUUUGAUCCA